AUGGGCCCGGCCCCGGGGCGCGCAGGGGCGCUGCUGCUGCUGCUGCCGGUGCUGCUGCUGUGUCUGCGCGCCGAGCCGGCGAGCGCGGGUGGAAAGAAGUCUUACAGUGGGCCGUGUGGAGGACGUGACUGCAGUGCUGGAUGCAAAUGUUUCCCAGAGAAGGGUGCGAGGGGUCGGCCAGGGCCAAUUGGGAUUCAAGGACCAAUAGGUGCUCCUGGAUUUACUGGUCCAGAGGGUUUGCCAGGAGCAAAAGGUGAGAGAGGAGCAGUGGGCCCCCCUGGACCAGCUGGGCACAAAGGCAACAAGGGUUCAAUGGGAGUUCCAGGAUUUCAAGGCAUCAAUGGGAUCCCAGGUCACCCUGGCCAGUCUGGACCCAGGGGUCCACCUGGCCUCGAUGGCUGCAAUGGAACCAUGGGGAGUCCUGGUGUUUCUGGGACAGAUGGAUUUCCUGGCAUACCCGGGCUGCCGGGUCGUCCUGGCCCAAAAGGUCUGAAAGGAGAACCUGUUUUUGCUCAAGGCAGCCUUAAAGGAAUGAAGGGAGAAAACGGUCUUCCUGGUUUGGAUGGUAUUUCUGGCUCCAAAGGUUUUCCAGGUCCAACAGGUCCUGCAGGCCCUAUAGGAUUACCAGGUUUGCAAGGUCCAGUGGGUCCUCCUGGGCCACCAGGUCCAAAAGGUAAUAUGGGAUUAGGCUUUCAAGGAGAGAAAGGAGAAAAAGGUGAUGUAGGACUGCCUGGCCCUCCGGGUCCCCCUCCAUCGACUGGAAUACUAGAAUUCAUGGGAUUCCCAAAGGGGAAACAAGGAGAAAAGGGUGAGCCAGGCCCUCAAGGAUUGCCUGGAGACAAAGGAUUGCCUGGACUGCCGGGUUUUGGUGGUGUUGGAGAAAAAGGAGAAAAAGGUGUGCCUGGUUUGCCAGGUGGCAGGGGUCUUUUGGGGCUGGAUGGAUCCAAUGGCAUUCCAGGGAGAAAGGGUCAUCCAGGUAUUCCAGGCUAUCCAGGACUGGAUGGAGUUGAAGGCACAAAGGGUGAAGUAGGUGACAUUGGUCCCCCAGGCCCUCCUAUCAUUGUUGACAAGGAAGGUGUAGUAAUUUCAGGUGCCCCAGGUGACCCUGGAAACCCAGGAAUACCUGGUCCUCCAGGAGAUGAAGGGAUCAGUGGCCUACCAGGUUUUCCAGGAGCUCCAGGGUUUCCAGGCCUGGAGAGAGAUGGAAUGGGCCCUGGAGGGUCUCCAGGUAUUCCUGGUGUGAAGGGUGAAAUGGGAGAACCAGGAAGAGCAACAGUUGGAUCACCAGGAGCUCCAGGAAGAGAUGGUUUACCUGGUCUGCCAGGAGCACCAGGAUUGCCUGGGUCAUCACGCCCUUCAUUUCUCCCAGAUGGGAUCCUGGAUGGAAGGACUGGUGCCCCAGGGGAGCCUGGACAAAGAGGACUUCCAGGAGCUUUGGGUCCAAAAGGUUACAAAGGAGAUGCAGGUGAUUGUGCUUGUGAUGGAGGAAUUACAAGAGCAGGUCUAAAAGGCAUCUCAGGUCCACAGGGUCCACCAGGAAGUCGUGGUGUGCCUGGGAUUAAAGGUGUUAGUGGAGACCCAGGCACAGUGGGUGCACCAGGACUGCGAGGCCCUCUGGCUUCAGCUGGCCAGCAAGGUCUUCCAGGCCAUAAGGGAGAAAAAGGUGAUUCAUCCUAUGCAACAGGCAGAGGUGCUCCUGGGGACCGUGGUGCCACUGCACCCAUAGGACCAUCAGGCUUCCCAGGAACUCCUGGCAGGGAUGGACUUCCAGGUUUGCCAGGCCCACCAGGUCCACCAGGUGAUGGUGGGCUAGGUUUCCCUGGUGAAAAAGGUCUGCCAGGAUUACCUGGCUCCAAAGGCCGUCCGGGAGAGAUCGGUUCUCCUGGCAUUGGGUAUCCUGGCCCUGCUGGACUUCGUGGGCCACCAGGUGACCCAGGGAUGGAUGGUUCUCCAGGACAAGCAGGUCUGCCAGGCCCUCUGGGUAUCACCUUGCCCUGCAUAGUUCCUGGAGCAUAUGGUCCUCCUGGGACUCCCGGCCUUCCUGGGUUGCCAGGUCCCAAAGGCAGCAAAGGCUUUCCUGGCAUUCCGGGGCAGCCUGGAUUACAUGGAUCUAAAGGACAGCCAGGGUCUCCAGGAAUAAUUAGCUUGCAAGGGGAACCUGGUUUCCCUGGACCUCGAGGAGAGCAAGGGUCACAAGGACUUCCAGGAUUGGAUGGGACAGACGGUUUGCCUGGGAAGAUGGGUGCUUCAGGCUUAGCUGGAACUAAGGGAGCUCCUGGAGAUGUAUUUGGUGCUGAGAGUGGAGCUCAGGGGGAGCGUGGCCGACCUGGGCUCUCAGGAGAUAAAGGACUUGCAGGUGAUCUUGGGUUUCCAGGACCAAAAGGGCUGGAUGGGAGACCAGGCCUCCUAGGUGUUAAAGGCGAGCUGGGUAAUCCAGGGUAUUCAGGUGUCCCUGGAUUGCGGGGACCUCCUGGUCCUGGAGGUCCUUUUGGCAUUAAGGGAAAACCAGGACCACUGGGAUCAGCUGGCCUUGCAGGAGCACCAGGCUGUCAAGGACUUCCUGGAGUCAAAGGAGUGACUGGGGAUGUAGGUCCUCAAGGCCCUGCUGGUAUGAAAGGCUUCCCAGGGCUUGAUGGUGCUCCUGGACCUCCUGGGGAAAGAGGAUUCUUAGGACCACCUGGACCUUUUGGUCAAGAUGGACGUCCAGGUUUCUUUGGACCAAAAGGUGAAAAGGGGUCUGCUGGCCUCCUUGGUUUCCCAGGCAUGCCAGGCCUGCCUGGUGUCCCUGGGGUCAAUGGGUUUAAAGGAACUCCUGGCACAGUGGGAGAAAAAGGAAGCCCUGGAGUUCUGGGACUUCAAGGUCAAAAAGGUGACAGAGGCGAUGUAGGUCCACCUGGUCUUCCUGUUCUUGGGGCUCAAGAGCAGGCACUGCAAUUGAAAGGAGACAAAGGAGAUCCUGGAUUAGCUGGACUUGGAGGAUUCCCAGGACCCAGAGGUGAUAAAGGAAUCCCAGGAAGCCGUGGACAGCCUGGUCUUCCUGGACCUGUUGGUUCAGCAAGCAGAGAGAGAGGUUUUCAUGGUGACCAAGGCCUCCCUGGUCCAUCUGGACAGCUUGGGCUGCCAGGACAGAAGGGUGCACGUGGUAUAAUAGGAUUUCCAGGAAUGCCAGGAGAGAGGGGUUCAGAUGGUAUCCCAGGAAUACUUGGAUUCCCAGGACCUAUUGGCCUCCCUGGUCCAAAGGGUGACCAGGGAGAGUCUGCUGGUGUUCCUGGCACUGCUGGAGUUAAAGGAGAACGAGGGGACCCAGGAUUCCCAGGAGAGAGAGGGAGAGAAGGACUCAAGGGUGAAUCAGGCUACCCAGGAAGCACUGGAGUGAACGGGGUUAAAGGUGGCCCAGGAGAUCUUGGCCAAGAAGGACCAGCAGGAAUCCCUGGAAAUGCUGGACUGAGAGGGUUCUCUGGGCCACCAGGGCCUCCAGGGCAGCCUGGAUCUGUUGGAUUCCCAGGAGCUCGUGGAACAGCAGGACCAAAAGGGUUCCAUGGAUUUCCAGGUUUAAAUGGUCUGAAUGGCUUGCCGGGCACAAAAGGGUCUCCUGGAACACCAGGUCUGAGUGAAGUUGGACUGAAAGGCCCUGCGGGUCUCCCUGGUCUGAAGGGUGAGGAAGGUUCUCCAGGCUUGGGUAGAGGAGCUGUAGGAUUCCCAGGGCCAAAAGGCUCAUCAGGAGACAUGGGUCCCCCAGGUCCUGUGGGACUGCCUGGCUUGCCAGGAACUCCUGGAGUUUCUCUUCCUUCUGAUAUACGUGGGAGACCUGGGGAUGCUGGCCAUCCAGGACUUGAUGGGAGUUCAGGUCUUCCAGGUCCUCCGGGACCACGAGGGCCCCCUGGACCAGCUUUUGACCAAGGCGACACAGGCAAUCCGGGUUUCCCUGGUGUUCCUGGCUUGCAAGGUGGUAAGGGUGAUGUGGGACCUGCUGGUCCCAUUGGACUCCCUGGCGUAUCUGGAUUCAAAGGUGUCAGAGGCGAGCCUGGUCUUAUGGGGAUGCCAGGUAAAGAUGGGCCUCCAGGGGAUCCUGGUUACCCUGGGCUGAAAGGUGAAAUGGGACGCCGAGGUCUCCCUGGCCAACCAGGGGCUCCAGGUGUAACCCCACAGGCAGAAGAAAUCACAGCCCCUGCGGGCUUACCGGGUCUGCCAGGGAUUGAUGGUGUUCCUGGCUUUGACGGAGAUCCUGGAUUCCAGGGCCCGGUUGGAAAGCCAGGUGCAAAGGGCCUGCCAGGCAGAUCUGGUUUGAAAGGACGUGACGGUUUACCUGGAUCACCCGGCAUAGCUGGUGACCCGGGACCUUUGGGUGCUCCAGGACCUCAGGGAUUUGAAGGUGCCGCUGGAAAGCCAGGCGCGCUCGGCUUGCCGGGAAUGCCUGGUCGGAGCAUGGGUGUCGGGUACACCUUGGUGAAGCACAGCCAGUCAGACCAAGUCCCGCCUUGUCCUGUUGGCAUGAACAAGCUCUGGGAUGGCUACAGCUUGUUGUACGUGGAGGGGCAGGAAAAAUCACACAACCAGGAUCUCGGUUUUGCUGGCUCUUGUUUGCCCCGCUUCAGCACUAUGCCUUUUAUUUACUGCAACAUCAAUGAAGUGUGCUACUAUGCCAGCCGAAACGACAAGUCCUACUGGCUGUCCACCACCGCUCCCAUCCCCAUGAUGCCAGUGAGCAGCAAUCAGAUCCCACAGUACAUCAGUCGUUGCUCCGUGUGCGAAGCACCAUCCCAGGCUGUGGCUGUGCACAGCCAGGAUAUCACCAUCCCACAGUGUCCCCUUGGUUGGCGCAGCCUCUGGAUAGGAUACUCCUUCCUAAUGCACACAGCAGCUGGUGCCGAGGGUGGAGGUCAGUCCCUUGUCUCACCUGGUUCUUGCCUGGAGGAUUUCCGUGCUACGCCCUUCAUUGAAUGCAAUGGUGCCAGAGGAACGUGCCACUACUUUGCAAACAAAUACAGCUUCUGGCUGACCACUGUUGAGCAGUCGCAGCAGUUUGUUGGUGCUCCUCCCUCCGAAACUCUGAAAGCAGGACAGCUUCGGACGAGGGUCAGCCGCUGCCAAGUGUGCAUGAAGAACUUGUAACAGAAAUGCAAACAGCAGGAACAGACUUUGUUACCUGAGAGUAGGCAUCACUGAUGUGAAGGAGAUAAAUUCAUAAACCUGUGUUGUGUGUGGUUAAUAAAGGAAUCAAGAUGCCAGAACUCCACAAAAAUCGAAUGUCAAAUCCAGGACUCCACACACAAGGGAAAGAUCGGUGCUCAGAAAGCCAUUCUAUGGAUCAUGGUGCUAUGCUAUUUCUCUGCUGUUGUUUGGGGCUUCUUCUUCAUUCAUGGCUACCUCAGAAAGUCUCUGGGAGUUCUUUAUUCAGACCGAAGCAUAACUGGCAUCUCACAUAUACCACUGCCCUGAGCAAGGUGCGCACCAACCAACACGAGACACAUCUGCAAAGCUGUGCUUUGUUGGCAUCUCUGCAAACAGUGCCUGGCCCAGUGCAAGGGAACGGACACACGUUCUCCUAUGAAAUGCAGAACUGCCCAAAUGUUGUAAUGCAUUGUAGGUGACUUUGAAACUCUAAGCAGAAGUGGUCGAUAACUGAUGUGAUUAGGGACAUUGAGGAUGAACGUUUUGCUUUGCUUAUACAACAGGUGGGAUGUUCUUUGGCUCCACUGGUAGGUAAUCAAUUCUAAUCCAAACUCAUAUCCACAGAUUGAUUUUGAGUCCAAACCACCUCCAGCAUUUUUCAUAGCUCUAACUAUAUUCCAGAUGAAAAGCUUCCUUCAAGGCCUGUCUUUAUCUCCUUGUAGUCAAAUGACGCGCAGCCACCGGAAACACUUUGUUACUGCAAACCUUCAUCUUCCUUCAGAGGUUGCCUUGGCACAGUUUUGGGUAAUUAUACAAGCUGUGUGUGUAUAAAAAGUAGAGGCCUGCUAGCUAUCAUGCAAUGCUUCUGCAAAUACAGAAGAAAGCAGUUAGUUAUGAGAUGUACAGUUAUUAUUUCUACAGUCACGAUCGGUUGCAUUCUUCCUCUGGGCUGCUUGCUGUUUUCUGCUCGUUUUAAAAAUUGCAUUUCUAUCAUAAUCCCACAUUCCUAGAGGGCAUAAUUAAAGAGAAGUGCUACUAAUUGUAUUAUCCUUGUGUAUUUUGAGGGAAAGCCGGAAAAAGGAUGCUAACAGUUACAUGACUUCAUUAGGUCGGGCUAGCAGUGUGAUUAUUGAUUUCUCUUUCUAGUGACGUGCACAAAACCCUUGUAGUGACAUUCCAGGACACUGAAGGAAGUGCCUUGCAAAUACACUAUCACCUCGGCUUAAAGAUUUUGAAGACUAAUUGUCAGAUUACUACUAUUAAUACAAGACUGAGACAUGAAUUUGAAGUAUUUUUUCUCUACUAGUUGCUAGAGGUCUAGCUCUAUCCAGCAAAAUACUUGAGCAGCUGCUGUUUUUACCUUCAGUGAUUGAGGGUGGAACUCGGUGAUCCAUAAGGUCCCAUCCGACCCAAAGCAUUCUGUGAAUCUGCAGCACUUAUUUAUACGCAUAAUACGAUGUUAUUUUCCCAGAUUGGAGUCAGAAAGCUCUGUGUGUUCAGUUUGAACCACAGUAGAGAUGAGCAGAGAGUUUGUGACGAGAAUUUUUAGUCCUUUAUUUAACUCUUCCCUGCUUGUGAAAGAUCCGCAGCUGCUUUGGAUGUAUUUUGCAGUCAGCUUUUAAGAUGUUGUAGUGCUCCUGCCUGAUGAUCCUUCAGUGCAGAAUAUCGAAUUUACUUUCAGCUGUCCUUGCGCAGACUGAGCACAUUGUGCUCCCAGUGUAGGGAAACACAAGGUGAAAAAGCUGCUGUGUGCACACUGCAGUGCUCACCAUGUGCUGAAAAAGUGCGCAGUUAACUCUGGCAAGUUGUCAGCAAUUGGGUUCCCAUGGUGCUGUAAGUGUCAGUCAGGUGUGUUUGCAGACUCGAUUUUUGAACAGAAACACACAAAGAAGUAUUUUUUUCAGGAUUAGAACUUCAUGCAUUUAACGUGCCAGUAUCUCUAGAGAAGUAGUAUGCUUCUACUGCAAGAAGCUGGCUCUGUUGCUAUCGAUACCCGAACUUCCCUUGAGUUCCACAAAUGGCCUUUUCCUGCUGCUCACCCAGAAACCACGCUCAUGCAGCAAACAGCUUGCAGCUCAGGAGGAGAGCUUGGCCCUGCAGAGCUCCUUCAGCUGCUCAGAAGGCAUGCAGCUAAUCCCUGGGUAGAGGAGGAGAAGUGCUGUUUUUUCUAAGCGUAUAGUUUCCAAACUGUGUUUAAUAAACAUUAAACAGGAUGAACCAGGCUCUUCUAAGCUCUUUCCUUUAAUAUCACACUGGCCUUGUUCAGGAAGUGCAAGUGACAGGAGACAGCAUUCAGUAUUUCUCCAUGUGUUUUUAUUGGUGAAGAUGAAGCUCUGCAAUUCACGUUUAUCGCACUGUCAUGACAAAAUGACCACCCUGGGGACUCCCUGGUAGACCUUUAGCAUGGAGUAAAAGAUCUUUGCCUUAAAUUAAGUGUUCUUAGGGCUGCUAGAGACAUACUCUGCCUUUUAGAAACACAACCGCCCAGGCUGCUCUGAUCAACCUGUAACAUUAAGGCACUUAGACCACAACAGUUCUCAAAAGGCAAUAACUCAAGUAACAGUGAUGUAAUCUGUCUAUGUGUAUAUAUUAAGUCUUAACAUAACCUGCUUUGCAUUUAUUUCACACAAACAAAUUAACAAAAUAUAGCAGCAUACAACCUAUGAAAAGCUUAAGAAAUUUAUUAGAUGCACAGAUAAAGUGCUAUAACAGAAGUCUGUGUAAAUCUACUUUAAAAUAAAUAAGGUACAGUUAAA